GGAAGUCACAUGCCAGUGAUAUUUUUAUUCUUUCACUGUCAGCUGCUCGGCGGAACUGUUUUAUCCACGUUGAACCAACCCAAAUCAUCGACCUGUAUAAAUACUUAGCAAAAGUAUAACUGUGGUCAUAUGACUGUAGACACGUUCAAUAUGGCCCGACUCUUGCUUUUAUUUGUAUGCGUGUUGUCCGGUGCAUUCGCCGGGCGCUACUUCAAUGAGGAUGAGCCAUGUUACCGACCAGCGCUGAGGAAACCCCAGUUUGGAAUCAAGACAAGGCCCCGGCCCCACGAGUACCUGAACAUCGCUAACCUGCCCAAAGCCUGGGACUGGAGGAACAUCAACGGAACCAACUUCGUCAGCACCACUCGGAACCAGCACAUCCCCCAGUACUGCGGGUCCUGCUGGGCUCACGGGAGCACCAGCGCUUUGGCCGAUCGGAUUAACAUCAAGCGGAAAGGGGCGUGGCCGUCGGCGUACCUGUCUGUGCAGAACGUGAUUGACUGCGGGGAGGCAGGGUCCUGUCAUGGGGGGGACCACACAGGGGUGUGGGAGUACGCCAACUCCCACGGCAUCCCAGACGAAACCUGCAAUAACUACCAGGCCAAAGACCAGAAGUGUAAGCCUUUCAACCAGUGUGGGACCUGCACAACAUUCGGAGUGUGCAACAUUGUGCAGAACUACACCCUGUGGAAGGUUGGGGAUUUUGGGGGAGUCAGCGGGCGGGAGAAGAUGAUGGCAGAGAUUUACACUGGAGGACCCAUCAGCUGUGGGAUCAUGGCCACAGAGAAGCUGGAUGCUUACACAGGGGGUCUGUACUCAGAGUACCAAGUUGAGCCCUUCAUCAAUCACAUCAUAUCUGUGGCCGGCUGGGGUGUGGAGAACGGCGUGGAGUACUGGAUCGUCCGCAACUCCUGGGGAGAGCCCUGGGGUGAGAAGGGCUGGCUGCGGAUUGUGACCAGCGCCUAUAAGGGUGGCUCUGGAAGCACAUACAACCUGGCUGUGGAGGAGGACUGCAUGUAUGGAGACCCCAUCUUGCCCAAGAACUACCUGUAGGCCACAGCCCAAAAACCCACAGUACUGCACGCACCACAGGAGCGCCUGGCGCCUCACUUUGUCCCCUUCGCUCAAUUUCCUUUUCCUGUCCGACGCAAAUCCUUGGGGCGGACGCAGGGCCCCGUCUGCAGGUUCAUCAGUCUUAUCUUCACAUCCAACAUUUUAACAUCUCCAUUCACUAUGCUGAGAUAAGGGAAUGUUUUACUUUUUUAAUUUUUGCACAUUGAUAGGAUCCUGUGCCAACUGUGGACUGUAAUCAUGUUUUAUCAAUUCAUGUUUUAAACACUGAUCAUUUUUAAGACCGAAAGGAAAAGGGUUUUUUAAGCCACAUUUAGAAAUACUAACCUAUGAAAAAUCAAGUCGACCAAAGAAACCACUAACUAUUAUCAAUAGCCAUAUCACGUUCUGUCAAACAAGGUUGUCAGCCAUAUCGUGCCACUUUUAAAGGUACAAUAGGUAAUUUCGGUCAAAAGAGGAAUUGCAGCAACAAAUACCCAGACCAGAACGCUGUUUAUCCAUCCCCCUUCUCGGAAUGCGCUGACAUUGAACCCCCCCCAGGCAAUUGGCUGUGGCAAAUGGAACCAAUUUUCAACGAAUGAGCUCAAAAUAUUGUAGUUAUACACUGCAUGUUUUGAAAGACUAAUUUAAGGACUAUAAACCAAGGCAGAGGGUGAGACAACAUCAGUGAGCCUUUUUCAAUGAUAGGAGGGGUUUAUAAUGGUCUUAUAACAAUAUUUUAACACAAAUCGAAUCUAUUGUACCUUUAUCAACAAAUAUUUAAUGAGCUGUAAAAGAAAACAAUCAUCAUCACUUAAAUGUGUUCUAUAGACUUUUGUUGUGAUUUGUUGAAAAGUCUUUUCAACUCUCUUCCCCUGUACCUGGGUCUUUCCCUGCUGUGCUUGGGAAAGAGACAAGAUGGCUGAUAUAUUCCUAGCUGUGGAUUCAUGUGCCUUUUCUUCUGUCAGAGAAAUCAGCUGUGAUUUUUAUUUCACUGUGACAAUUUAUUUUCAAAAUAAAUCGAUUUGACAUAA